GAUUCUACAUGGAAAAAAGAAUUGCAGAAACAUUCUUAAUUUGCACGGUACGCCGUUUGGAUCUCAUAGCUAGUUUGAGUAGAUUUUGUGUGGGAUGAGGUUUGGCGGUAGUAGAGACUACUGGUUCCACUGGUCGCGGUUAGCGCUCUUCAUUCUCUCCGGUAAAACGUAAAACUGUCUGCUUGUUUUGCUGAGUGGGGGCGAGAUCUGCCUGGGAAUUGCCUUUAUUUCUCAAAUCUCAUGCCGUUCGUUGCUAUUCGAUGCCAUGCCUGCUAUAAAGACGAAUCCUGAGCAUGGUCGCAUCGGAGGUGUAUUCAACAAACUGCUUAAGCAGAUUGGAAAUCCGGUUGAUUUUGAACUUCCAGAUUGGUUUAGUAAAUGGAAGCCUACGCCUUACACCUUUAUAAAGCGCAAUAUAUAUCUCACAAAAAGGAUUAAAAGACGCCUUGAGGAUGAUGGAAUAUUCUGUUCCUGCAGCCCUUCACCUGGAUCUUCUAGUGUGUGUGGUAGAGAUUGCCAUUGUGGGAUGCUCCUCUCUAGUUGCUCCACUGGAUGUAAAUGCGGGAGUUCAUGCCUCAACAAACCAUUCCAGAGCCGACCUGUGAAGAAGAUGAAACUGGUGAAGACUGAGAAAUGUGGUUCUGGAAUCGUGGCGGAUGAAGAUAUCAAGCAAGGAGAGUUUGUAAUAGAAUAUGUGGGAGAAGUUAUUGAUGACAAAACAUGUGAGGAAAGGCUUUGGAACAUGAAACACCGUGGAGAGACAAACUUUUACUUGUGUGAAAUUAAUCGAGAUAUGGUAAUUGAUGCAACAUACAAGGGAAACAGGUCAAGAUAUAUAAACCAUAGUUGUUGUCCAAAUACCGAGAUGCAAAAAUGGAUAAUAGAUGGGGAAACAAGAAUUGGCAUAUUUGCGACUUGUGACAUAAAAAAGGGCAAGCAUCUGACCUAUGAUUAUCAGUAUGAGCCCUCACAUAACUUCUUUAUUGCAUCGAUUCACUUGCAAUACUUCGUGACAUUUUGUAUUCUUGUAGUCCAGUCUAACAAAUUUAGCAGGCUUGUUCAGUUUGGUGCAGAUCAAGAUUGCCAUUGUGGUGCUGUUGGCUGCAGGAGGAAGCUGGGGGUCAAACCUACCAAGCCUAAGAUAUCUUCAGAUGCUGCAUUGAAACUAGUAGCAUACCAGGUUUACCAGAAUGGAGGAUUGCAUGUAGGGAGUUCAAAUGUUUGUACCCUGCAAGGAACAUGCUUCCAUAAUUGCAUUGGUGAAGUUAUUAGGAUCAUCCGCCCUAUGAAUGAGAGGUCCUUUGGAAUUAUUAAACAUUUUGAUAAUUUUUCCCAAAAACACUCGAUUAUGUUUGAAGAUGGGGCUGUCGAAUUUCUUGACAUGACAAAAGAAGAUUGGGAAUUUGUGACAUUGUGAUUUUAUUGUGGGGAUUUUGUGGAAGGAAAUAUCACACAACAGAUGGUCACAAGCAAUUGCAACAUGUUUCACUGUAUGUGCAUUCCACUUUUGCAGCUUGGUCAAAUGGCAGUGCAAUGAACAUGAAUGGGCGAACUCAGAUAACUUGGGUUUUGUUGAAAUUCAGGUAUCAACUGCUACUUGAUUGAGUGUUGCUCUCAUAAAUCAAAGAUCCAUCUGCUGCACACUUUGACUCGCUAGAAGAACAAUGGUUGUGUUCUCUCGCAAAAUGAGGAUUCGUCAUUCCGUGCACAGAGUUCACAAGAAUGUUUUACCAUUUUUUUUCCUCUAACGAGGAGUUUGUAAACUGAGCGCGUUGAUGUUCAAGGCACUUUUGUAAGGUGGAAAAUUUGGCUGGUAAUGGCAAACACCCCCUAGAUCUGGGACUGGGGGUGUUGAUUAUGAUGCUGCCAAGCUCAAAAGGGGGUUAUAUACUCCUAUCUAAUAAUUUUAAACGAACUCUUGGUCGCCUCAGGCACGAAAUUUGA